UACCAUUGACAUUGUAGCAGGCGAAAAUUAUAUUGGUGAGUCUAACAUUACAGAGGAGCUUCAAAGAACAAGAGACAUGCUAGAAAUGAGUGAAUCAGAACAUCAAAAACAAUCAAUAAUUAUUUUGGAUCUUAAUAAUAAAAUCAUGCAACUACAACAACAAUUAAAAAAUUAUGAACAUGAAGUAUCAGAAUUAAAAAAGAAUUUAGAUACUUCUUAUAAUCACAUAGAUGAAAUUCAGAAUCUAUAUGAAGAACAUUUUAGCAAAAAUAAAUAUCUCCUUGAACAAUGGGAUUCGCGUUUUAGCAAUCAACAAAAAC